AUGCGUCCCUCAACCCUGGCCGUAGGGACAAUCGCAUCCCUAGCGACCAUCAUCCAGGCCUUCACGCACCCCGGCCUCCUGCACACAAACUCCGACUUCGAGCGCAUCAAAACCAAAGUCCAAUCCAACGCCGAACCCUGGCUAACAGGCUGGUACAAACUAACCAACAGCUCCUUCGCCAAAACCUCCUACACCCCACGCCCCCAAGAAACCAUCUACCGGGGUAAAGACGGCACGCACGCGGAAAACUACCCCAACCUGUACAAAGACAUCGCGGCGGCCUACGCGCUAGCCAUCGAAUGGAAAGUCACCGACGACAAAGCCUACGCCGACGCCGCCGUCUCCAUCUUGGACGCCUGGGCCACAACGCUGAAAGGCAUCUCGGGAAACUCCGACAAGUUCCUCGCGGCGGGAAUCUACGGCUACGAGUUCGCCAACGCCGCCGAGAUCAUGCGCGACUACGACGGCUGGGAUAAGACGAAGUUGGCCGCGUUCCAAGAGAUGAUGGUCUCGGUGUUCUAUCCCAUGAAUCAUGAUUUCUUUGUCCGGCAUAACGACGCCAAGAUUGACCAUUACUGGGCGAACUGGGAUCUGUGUAACGUGGCUUCGAUGCUCUCGAUUGGUGUGCUGGCCGAUAAUGAGACCAUGUAUCAGGAGGCGGUGGACUAUUUUAAGAAUGGGACGGGCAACGGUGCCAUUGAGAAGAUGGUCUGGAAGUUGUAUGAUGUUGAGGGUCAGGUUCUGGGCCAGGGCCAGGAGGCCGGGCGGGAUCAGGGCCAUUCUAUGCUGGACUUCGCGCUGUUAGGGGCUAUCGCUCAGGCGGCGUUUAAUCAGGGGGAGGAUUUAUUUGCUUAUGCUGAUAAUCGCAUUUUGGCGGGGGCGGAGUAUGUGGCCAAGUAUAACCUCGGCGAAGACGUUCCCUAUACGACGUACCAGAAUAGCGAUGUCACGCAAACGGUUAUCAGCGAGAACUCCCGCGGCGAUGUGCGUCCUAUCUGGGAGCUUCUGUACAACCACUAUGGGGUUCUCAAGAAGCUGAAUGUGACUUGGACGAAGAAGUAUCGUGGUAUGGUGGUUGAGAAGGGUGAGGGAGCUGAGGGUGGUGGUGGUUAUUAUGGGAGUACAAGUGGUGGGUUUGAUCAGUUGGGAUAUGGGACAUUGCUGUAUAGUCUUUAG